AGCAUCCUUUAAAUCGACUGUCAAGAUUACCUAGGUAGGCGUGAUUUACGAUUAUUACCCAAUGGAAUAGUCAUUAUUGUCCCCGAGAGCCAAUCGAAAUUUGACAUAAAGCCGUUUAAAAAUGUUUCAGGAAGUAUCGGCAGCUAACAGGAAGUUAUAAACAAUCAACACAACAGUGAAACUAGCUGGUUACUACUACAACAAUUGACUGAAUCUGUGAAUGCAACGACGUAACUGAACAAAGAUUCAGGAAAUUGUUUCAUAUGAGAAGAGCACGUCGAAGAUAAGUUGAAAUGGCAACAGACCAUUAGCUAUUUUGAACAUCGGAUGCUGUGUUAUUGUGGUCACUUGUUACUUUAAGGAACGUAGCUAACGAUAGCUAUCUUGCGGCUCUGUGUUGACAAGUAGUUAACGUAGCUAGCUUGAUAUCAACAAGAGUCGGUAGCUAUCUAGUUAGCUAAUUAUUGACACCUCCAAUAUAGACGUGGAAACGUUAACGGUAGCUAUAUGACAACGUUACGCCAUCUGAUUUGUGGCGUAUGUUUUAUAACCAACCUGCUGCUAGCGACGUCCAGGUAGUUGUUGCUAGCUAAGUUACCUACUAAGUUAUCCAGUAACAAUAGUGUUUAGCUAGCUAACUUAGGUAACAGUUAGCGAUACAUUUUUAAUUUUGAUAACGUUCGCUUCAGAGGAGCUACCAUUGCUACAUUGAUCGAUCUGUUUUGACACAUUUCCUCUGGACACUGGGGUUCUGGGGCUAGCAGAACAGUAUUUGAAGAGCAUGUCUACCUCCAACUUCAAAAACAAAUGUGUCACUCAAGUGAAUUGUAUAUACUGUGAGAGUCUACUCUGCACAAGAGGAAUGAAGGCAGUACUUCUUGCAGACACCGAAAUUGAGCUGUUUUCUACGGACAUACCUCCCAACAGGACUGUUGACUUUGUAGCCAGCUGCUACUCUACAGAAAGCUGCAGAUGCAAACUGAGAGAUAUCGCCUGCCUGAAAUGUGGUAAUGUUGUGGGGUAUCACGUGGUCGCUCCCUGUAAGCCCUGCUUGCUGUCCUGUAACAAUGGCCAUUUCUGGAUGUUUAACAGUGAUGCUGUGUCCACCCUCAACCGACUGGAUGCUACAGGUUUAAACUUGUUGCUGUGGGGGGACCUUCCCGAGCUAGAGGACAGCGAGAACGAGGAAUCAGAAAGCCCAUCAGAGGAGGAGUGUAUCAGGUAGAGAGUGAUGAGAGAUGGAGGAGCAAGAUGUUACCCUGUGACCUACCAGAACCCCCAGGAACAGACAGAGAAGAAGCAGUGAGCGGAAGAGGAGAGGGGGGCUUACCCUGUGACCACAUCCCCCUUCCCAACAUCUGCCCGUUAGAAACACACUCUCCUCUCACGGUCCGAUCUUUCUCCCUUUCACUCUCUCUCUCUCUUUGGGUGAAACCAAUGGUAGAACUGCCCUCUCUCCUCAAACUCACAACUGAAACCCCACUCAAACAAACUCAUCUUUCUGAUUCACCGACGGACAGCCGGAUGGAUGGAUGGUCUUACCAUUUCACAUGGCUAUUUUAUACCCUUUGGGUUGCCUAUUGCCAUUGGACACUGGAUUAAACAUUGUAUGCUGUGUUUUAGAUGUUUGACAGUCCUGUGUUGCUCCUUGAACAAUCACGAUGAUGUUGUGUUUAAGUUUCAGAAUCUGACAUUGUUUACAUUGAGUAUUUGCCAGUUUAUCUUGUCACUCUUUCACGAGGAGGGCCAGUGUGAUCAACAGAUGGUACUAGAACAUACAGUAUAGAUACGAGUUUGGUUCUGGGGUGACUCUCUGGUGGGACUGAAGAUGCUCUAGGAAAAUAGAUUAGGCCUAAUUACGCGCAUGUCAUCUGAACUUGGCGAAGGAGCCGGGCAGAAAAUACAUGAUCGUGAAAAGGAAAGCUGAUGUCCACUCACUACAUUGUUGACAUAGUAACAAUAUUGCAGCAAAAACAGUGAGAAAGUUGCUAUCCAAACCCUGUAUGAUUGAAAACUUGAACGGUUGUGUGCUUGUCAGAGCACUGUGAGUAUACUGUAUAAUUGAGUAUGGAUCACUUAUAUAAAGGAGUGCCUGUGUAGAGCAGAACUUUCUAUUGCUGCGACCUUCUCAACUUGUAUUCUAAUGGCCUUGGAUCUGAUUUUUAUUCUGUGGAGAGCUGUGGGCUGACUGUCAUUGCAGGAGGUCAUGUUCACCCUCUCACUGGAACUAAAAUGUGUUCGCUAGCAUUAUUUUGAUGCAUCGGUGCCCAGCAAGUACUGUCGCAAUGAGGGACAUCUUACAUUAGCGUUAAUAUACCUCCCAGUUCAAGCAGACAAGCUAUGCCUGUGUUAAAAAGAUAUGUUGAAGCUUACAUGGGAUAUUAUUUGGGGUUCAUAACGAGCAUUACGAAAGGAUUUGUAAGUCGCUCUGGAUAAGAGCGUCUGCUAAAUGACUUAAAUGUAAAUGUAAUGUAUACCUACACACCAAAUACCUGAAAUGGCAGUCACCAAUUUGAAAUGGCAGUCACCAAGGCCCAGCGCAGUCAAAAAUGUGAAUUUUUUUUUGUUUGUUUCCACACUGAGGAUGGAAUAAUACUGUGAAAUUGUGAAUAUGAUGAUAAUGCCUUUUUAGUGUAAAAGCUGUUUGAAAAGACCACCUGAAAUUGCAGCCUGUUUUGGUGGGAUGGAGUUUUGACGUGCCUGGUAUCACCACCAGGCAGUAAAUUGGUUAAUGGACCAAUAAGAAAGAGUUCCAAACCUCUCGGCCAAUAACAACUAGUUUUCCGUUUCCCCUCCCCACUCAGACCAAUUUCUUGCUUGAGAAAUUGCUCUUUGCUAAGAAGCUAUUUUUGUUUAUUUUUGACAAUGUUUAAUUCAAAACUAUCACAUCAAGGUACUUGAUUGUUACCCAGAAGUGAGUUCAUAUUGAGGUGAAAGCAGUUGCAUUGGACCUUUUUAAAUGAUGUUCUAAGCUCUGGUUUAGUGGAUCACAUCUUGUGACACGAUUAACAAAAUGAUUAGCCAUUUAUCUAAAUCCCACAGACAAUCUCUUUCCACUUAAAUGUUCCUUUUUGUUUAAUUUUCAUUCACAAAAGCAAUGUUUUGUAGUGUACUAUAGUUUUUAUUUUUCUCUGUUUAUUUCACAUUUCACUUGCAUUUGAGUGUUACGUUUGGAGGAUGGUUUUUGUUUUGAGGUUUUACCUUAGUGACGGUAUCACCUAAGAGCUUCCUAUAGCAUAGGACAAUAGGGAGAUAAUCAAUGACCAUCAAAACAGUGACCAAUUUAAAAUAAAAAGAAGAAAUCUCCCUUGAAUAUGAUUAACUUAAGUAGCGUGCUUUUUAUUUAUUAAUUUUAAUGUAUGUAUUUAUUAACAGGCAUUUGCUGUGUUUAUACUGAUGUGACUUGCCCUGCUGAAAAAAUAUGUAUAUUCUGAAAUUGCACUGAAACUGCAUUGGUAGUUUGAAACAUUUGUUAUUUUUAAUGCUUAUUGUAUUGAUAAUACACCUUUUUCCAAAAUA